AUGGCCGAACGCCCGGCCAAAUCAGGGUCAUCACGAAAGCGAGCCCUCGUGAGCUGCGACCGCUGCAAAAUCCGACGGGCACGGUGCAUACGCGAAAAUGCCGAGGUGCCAUGUGCGGACUGCAAGGCAAAUGGCGUGGUGUGUGAAUCGAAGCUUCCACGUAAACAGAGGGUCUAUGGCAGUGUGGAGACCCUCAGCUUACGCUACAGAGCCCUUGAGUCGCUAGUCAAAGGCCUCUUUCCGGAUGAGAAUGUUCAGGACACAGAGACCCUGUUCAAGAUCGCCACGACCAGGAACAUUGCUAUGCCCGCGAGCGACGACUUUACUCCCGCAGACAUCUUCAGCAGUAGCAGUAGCGAUAGACAGACUUCUUCGCUGGAACAGCAACAACAACAGCAACACUCAUUGCAGCCAUCGCCAGUUGUCCCAUCUGCAUACUUGGGCUCGCAGACUACCACGUAUCCCCUGCACUCUGCUCGGCGCACUACUGCCUUGUCCACAAGCAAAGAACGCCUUCGUCAGCCUAUAACGCAACAAGUAUCUUCCCAGACUGACGAGAUCAUUCGUACGAAUCGUGGUGCCUCACAUUAUUUCGGGCCGUCGAGUAGUUUCCGACUUGCAUCGACUAUCCGCACCCUCGCGUCCCGAUGGAAGGCCGUAUCAGGCGCCGACUUUCCUGGCCUCCGAUCAUUCACCUCAAACCCCUCGAGCCGAUCGGGCUCAGCUCUCAAACGCAGCAGCACGAACCCGUCUGAAGAUGAAUUCGCUCCACCAUCCUACAGUCAGCGUCCAGGUUCUAGCCAUGGCAGCCGCAAGAGAUCUAGGACAGAGUGGGAGGCAUCAAACGAUCCGUCGCAACAUCAUGAUCACUCAUCACGUCUAGAUACUAUUGGUGAUCUGAUACCCGCAAAGCAUAUCACCGACGCUCUAGUAGCAGUCUACUUCGAUCACAUACAUGUGUACUUUCCCCUUUUCAAUAGUACCACGUUUCAGAUCCGGCUGGAGGCUACGUACUCACGGAAGACGCAGUUGUUCGAAGAGUGCAAGGAUAUGGGGUGGCUAGUUUCGUUGGCCUUGGUGUUGUCGUUUGGCUGCCAGAAAUCAAAAGCAAAUGAUGUCGACCAAAUGAAUGUACUUCGCCACAAGUUUCUCGCCUUCGCCAAAACCUACUUUCGGACGCUUCUGACAUCGACUCGUCUGGACAAUGUCCAAGCGCUCGUUCUUCUCAACAUGCAUCACCAUAAUAUCGGGCAGAAGAGCAGCUCGUGGUUACUGAUAGGUCUUGCUGCACGUAUGGCCAUUACCAUGGGAAUGCAUCGAGACAGCACGAACGUCCAAUUCGAACCCAUCGAAUGCAAUACGCGCCGACAAGUCUGGUGGUCGCUCUACAUAUUCGAAAAGACACUGUGCGGCAUAUUGGGCCGCCCAACAGUGAUUGACGACCGAGAGAUGUCGAUGAAAGUCCCAGACGCACCAAUGCUAGAGCAAACGCGCAUCAACGCAGCGUUCAUGAAUCUCUGUUCCGACCUAGUGUCCACAUCGUACCGCAUUCGACAACGUGCCUAUUUCGACAAAACUUCUGCCGAGGAACGGUCCCCGACCAUCGCUGUCGCCAUGGCCCUACUUCGGGAGUGCGACAACUUCUUCGCAAAAAUACCUCAGCACAUGUCAAUAGAAGACAUGCCAGGGCACCCGGAUCUGAAAGCAAUGACAUUAUUGCUACACGUCUACUAUUACUACACGCGUUGUGUCAUCUCCCGAGACUUUCUCAUACAAAAGGUAGAGAGCAACGUCUGCUUCCUGGAGAACAAGGCGCCCCCAAUUUCAGAAGACUGGUCUACAACCCUAAUCCUGGCGGAGGACUGUGUUGAAUCAGUACACAAAAGCCUCCAAUGCAUCACCAUCGGCAUCGAGCUGGGUAUAUUCGAGAUCAUCGGUUACUCCUGGCUUGACUUCUUCUUCGUAUUCCACGCCGUUCUGAUCGUAUGCGCAGAUUUUCUUGCACGACCCAAGGGCCAAACCGAUUCACCGAGAGACGUCGAACGUAAAGCGACAGUGCGCACUGUGCUCGACCAGGUCCGCGGGAUGCAGAAGCUCGCACCUACGUACAAGACUCUUGGCCGGAUUGCGCUGCAAUUCGCCACAAUAACGGGUGUUACUCAGGACAACGAUUCGCCAACAGUACCGGAUGUGCCACAGGAGGGGCCUCUGGACUUGACGGUAGACAUGGCGGCCGAGGAAAGAACGGAUAAUGCCGACAUACUCGAUAUAGGGAAUGAUUGGUAUACAGACGCGACGGCUGAUUUGGGAUUAGACUUCUUCGAUCUGAGUCAGGCGACACAUCCAGGGUCAUUCCCCAUCAUGGAUCCUCCGUCGCGUUCUGAAAACACGGGCGAUCAGACAGGCGACGUGGUGGACGAUUGGACAGACAGGGCACUAAAGGGGAUGCACACGCUGUAG